GCUUCCUCUAUUAAAAAACACCCCACAGAUCUCACUGAAAAAAAGCAAGGCAAAGCAAGACCCGCACUGCAACAGGGCAAAGCAAAAACAAGAGAAAACUGAAGAGUAGCCAUGGCUCGAUACGAUCGUGCAAUCACAGUGUUUUCACCGGAUGGACAUUUAUUUCAAGUGGAAUACGCUCUUGAAGCUGUCCGUAAAGGAAAUGCGGCGGUUGGUGUUCGUGGUACUGAUAUUGUCGUUCUUGGUGUUGAAAAGAAAUCCACAGCUAAACUUCAAGAUUCUAGAUCAGUGAAGAAGAUUGUAUCUUUGGAUGAUCAUGUAGCACUAGUAUGUGCUGGAUUGAAGGCUGAUGCGCGUGUCUUGAUUAACAAGGCACGGAUCGAGUGUCAAAGCUAUAGACUCACUGUUGAGGAUCCUGUAACUGUUGAAUAUAUAACACGUUACAUUGCUGGUUUGCAACAGAAGUAUACACAGAGUGGUGGGGGGAGGCCCUUUGGUCUUUUUCCCUUGAUUGUUGGUUUUGACCCGCACUUGGGUGUCCCAGCUCUUUACCAAACAGAUCCCUCAGGAGCAUUUUCAGCAUGGAAAGCCAAUGCUACCGGGAGAAACUCGAACUCAAUGCGGGAGUUUUUGGAGAAAAACUAUAAGGAAACUUCUGGGCAAGAAACUGUGAAGUUAGCAAUCCGUGCUUUACUUGAAGUUGUUGAGAGUGGGGGGAAGAACAUAGAAAUUGCUGUGAUGACAAAAGACCAAGGGCUGCGGCAGCUUGAAGAAGCUGAGAUCGAUGCAAUUGUUGCUGAGAUUGAAGCGGAGAAAGCAGCAGCAGAAGCUGCAAAAAAAGGUCCACCAAAAGAUUCAUAGUCGUGCUGUAGUUCCCAUACAUCACCUCGUACUGUCCAUGUGAUUUAGUUUCGUCAUUGCUAUAUCACAUUUUGUUAUUUUCUUUUGUCGAACGGCACCUGAUUUCAAGAAUCUUCCUUUUGCGUUUCUUCUCUUAUAGCCUUCUCUCUUUUGACAUGGUGCUUUCUGCUUGAUAGUAAUAUCGAACAUGCUAUUUUCAAA